AUGCCCCUCUUCAGCAGGAAGUCCAAGUCGCCCUCGAAUUCCUCUUCGCGCUUCCCCGGCCGCUCUGUCGAGAACCUGGUCCCUGUCUUCGACGGCCGCCCCAGCCACGCUCCCAUCCAACAAACCCCCGCCAGCACCAACACCCAUCACCAACUCAACCCCACGGCCCCCGCCGGCAACCCGGACUACGAGGCGGAGCACCGUGUCGUAGACCCCCGUUUCGCCUAUCACGAACCAUCGGGUCCGGCGCUGUCGCAGCCCGAAGUGCAAUCCUCGUUGCACCGCUCGCAGAGCCAACGUCAGCCCCACCUGCAGCAACGCGGCGACCGACCGACCGUCAGUGUGGUCGCCCCUGAGCCCCAGCCUCGUCGCCUGCAAAAAAGCGGCUUCGGUGGACGACCUUCCUCUGGCCUCCUUGAUCGCAGCGCCAGCGUCUCUGUCAAGGGCAAGACCAUCUCCCAUCCCAUCGCCCAUCCCGCGUCGCCGCAAGUGCCCAGCCUCAACACUUCGGACGAAUUCAUUGCUCGCAACAACUACAACGACCCGUCCCCGGCCACCGCACAUCCGUCAGGCUACGAACCGCGGUCGACGUCGCUCGCAUACCAACAUCAACACCAACAGCACUUUCGGCAUUCAUCGCGCGACACCCUCGAGCGAUUGCCUCAGGCGCAGUACCCUCCGCACCAACUCCCCACCUCGACCGACUCGCUGCCCUAUCCGAGGCCACUGGUGCGCUCCAAUACCGAUCCAAAACUGCUGGAACAACAAUACAGCCAGCCUUCUCCCACUGAACUCGCCCGCGACUCCCUCUACUACGCUGAGGGUCACCGGGGCCAGCCCCAAACUUCCCAGCAGGAUCUGGUAUUGAAUGCACGGCCCCCCUCCCGGCAAUCCUACGAGCCACCCUCCCCAAUUAGUUCGCGAACUCAUCCUGACGCCAUGCAGCAGGCUUCCGCGCAGGCGCCUCAGUCCUCCAGCGAUCAGCCGUCGGGGGAUACCAGCCGACGGGCCAGCACCACCACGCAAAACAUGCCUGACCAGCCCGGGCGACAGACGCCCACCAGCAGUCGCCAACGCGAGGACCUAUCCGAUAUCGAUGUUCGAGCUUUGCUUCAAAAACAUGAGGAGCUGCAGACCAAAUACUCCAAGGUGAAGCGCUAUUACUUCGACAAAGAAGCCCAGGUCCAGCAUCUCCAGAAUACAGUUGCGCAUCAGCGCAUGGCCGUGUCCCGAACUGUACUCGAUGAUAAUGAGUAUGCCAACCGGUUCCAGCGCCUGGAUGGGGCGAUCAAAGAUUUGGCAUUUUCUGUGCGCAAGGAUUGGCGCAGCAUUCCAUCAUGGCUGCAUGGCCUGGUAACGGAUGAUGCGAUCCAGACCGGUACCAAGGAAAUGACCGCGGUAGGACGGGCUGUAGUCAGUAAAUGGCUAGGCGAGGAGGUCUUCAACAAACACUUCCACCCGGGAUUGGACCCGGCUCUAAGCGUGCAAUUGAAGAAUAUCGAGAUGAACCUGCGCCGGCAGCAGAUGCGACCAUCCACGGACGAGGACCGCGAAAACUCCAUUGCGCGACUUUCCAACUGGCGCCGGACGACCUUUGACGGCCUCGGCGAUGCCCUGUCGACUCCUGAUGCGCAGGAACACCGCGCGGAACUGAUUGAGCAUCUAAUUGCGGAACUUGCCUCGUUCUUGAGUACUCAGCUACAUGACCCCGCGCUGCCCGGCCUCGAAGCGGGUGUGCGCAUGAUCAUCGAGAACACUAUCAACAUCGUUGAAAAGAUCCCGCUCGAGGCUCGUGAUGUCUACGUGGAAUAUCUCCCGGUCAAUGUUUCUUUCAACGAAGGAUUCAUGAAGGUGGAAGGUCAAUUGCCGCCAUUGACGCACCAGCCUCCACCCCCAGCCGAUCAGGAGCCUGAAGACGCUGCCGCCGCCGAGGGAGACUCGUCCCCCGCCUCAAACUCUACUGGAGCCGGUGAUGGCACCUCCCCAGCCCCGCGCGAGUCAAAGAAGAAAUCUGUAUUCGGCAAUUUUAUCACGCGCAAGGCCCCAGGUCCCGAAUCUGGCCGCCCAGCAGCCGCCAAUCCGCACGACGAAAAAGCCGAUCAUCCCGAGGUCGCUGCACCGACCCGCAUUCGAUUUUCGUCUUUCCUCACCGUCGAGGUGCGCGGUAAAGGGCCAGCAAUGGUGCUGGUGAAGGCUCCCGUGUGGUUGAUAGAGUGA